AUGCGUACCAACACUGUCUUCCUCAUCUUCGCCGCGGCCGCCGCUUCGGUGGCCGCCCAGGGCGGUCACCAGGGCGAGAGCCAAAGCGGCGACGUCCGCCCUGCAGUGGAGCCCGAGGUUGACCACGAGGAAAAGCCCGAGGCGAAGCCCAAGGCAAAGCCCGAGAUCCCCGAGCCUGCGCAAGACGACCUCCUCUUCAACCUGCUGAAGCCCGGUUUCCGCGACCAGGUUUCCCGUGACCACUACUGCAAGGGGCACCCCGACAGCGCGAGCCAAGGCAAGAUGCGCAAAGCCCUGUGCAAGCCUGAGGUGAAGGCACUGGCCAGGGAGCCCCAGGAGGAGGAGCUCAAGUCGCAGGAGCCCGAGGAGGACCCCAAGAAGGACGAGUCACCCAAGCAGGAGGCUUCCAAGGAGAAGGAGCCCAAGGAGGAGAUGUCCCAGGAGGAAGCGCCCAAGGAUGAAGAGGUUGAGGAGCCUCAGAGGAACCCUCAGCCGCUGAAGGCUCAGGAGGAAGCCCAUGUCGACCAGCCCAAGCAGUCCCGGUUCAGGGAGAACGCGGCGCACAACAACCCGGCCGCCGCAGCCGAGGGACCAGGGGCCUUCAUCAUGGUGAAGAGGGACCACUCGCGCCCGGCAGCGUCCAGCACUUGCACUUCGACUCUCGCUACCGUCGUCAAGCCGACGAGCACCAUGGCGCCGCUCGCUUCCUCGUCGACCUGCACCAGCACCACUACCGCCCGGCCGACCACCUCGCUGCGCCCCGUCCCCUCCUCGUCGACCACUUGCACCACCACACUCGCCACCAGCAAGGUCCCCGAGACUCCCAAGGCUCCCAGCUCAUCCGUCCCCACUACCACCAAGGCCUCUGUCACGCCCGUGGCCUCGUCUACUUCGACCUGCACCACUACCGCCACCCCGGUUGCCGAGACUUCGACCAAGGCUACCUCGACCACCCCCGCUGCACCCAGCUCCAGCAGCAGCGUGACCCCCGUCGCCGAGAGCUCGACCGCGCCCGCUUCCACCACCACCCGCGCCACUCGCUACGUCACCAUCACCGGCAAGUCCUCCUCCACCGCCGCCGUCCCCACCACCUCCUCCGUGGAGCCUGCCUACGAGACCUCGACCCCGACCCCGCAGCCCCAGACCACCGCCGCCCCCCAGAGCAGCUCCGUCUCGACCAUCUACGCCACCCAAAAGGUCACCGUCACCUCGUGCGCCGGUGGCCAGAAGCAGUGCACCAGCCAGGCCCAGACCUUCGUCACCACCCACAUCGUGCCCAUCUACACCACCGUGUGCCCCACCAGUGCCCUCCACCCGGUGAAGCCCACCCACCAGGCCGCCUACCCGUCGGUCAAGCCCAGCUCUGCCGCUUCGGUCAAGCCUGUCCCCACCGCCAGCUACAACCAGACGAGCGCCGCGCCCACCGCCGCCAGCAGCAGCUACAAGGUUGUUCCCAAGCUCAACACGACCCUGACCUCGUCGGCCAAGAAGGUCCACGCUCCCACCUACGCCCCCACCGGCAAGGUCAACGGCACCACCUCGGCCGUCUACCCCACCGGACCUACCGCCGGCGCCACCACCGGCGUCGCGCCCAGCAAGAGCCCCAUGCCCACCAUGGGCUCCGGUGCCGACCGUACUGUUGUUGGCCUGGCCGCUCUGGCCGUUCCCCUGCUGUUCUUGUAAGAGCUUUGGGAGUGUUGUGCGUGCCUUGAAGUUUAGAGACUUUGGUGCUUCGUUUUUUCUUCUUUCUUCCUGAUGCUUUGAUGGGCAUAGAGCUUUCUCUCCUUGUGAUGAUCUUGUACUUGGAACGUUUUUUGUACAACAGGGACUGCUGAUUAACGACGAAAAGAAGGGGAGGGCUUGCCUGCAGAGUUUUGUUAUGCCUCCCCCUUGGUUCUCAUCCAAACCCACUUCUUUCACAGUUAAAUGGUAUUCUGAGCGAACCAGCUCGAUAUCAUUUCUCCUUUGUUAUGUUAUGUUUUUAUACAUUUCUACCGGAGAACCUUCUUUCCUCAAACCCUCCGGCGCUGAAGUUGUGGCAAACUGUGUCACCCAGCUUUUAUCUAAUCCCUUGUUCUCUCAUGUCAAAGUUUAGAAGCUGGCUUUACGAAUUUUAGAAAUAAAAACAUAGAAUCUUUAACCAAAAAUCGCAUUCUGGAC